AUGGCUGUUCGGACACAACAGAUGCGAAUGGAUUUGGCCGCCGGUGGGGGUCAGAGACAGCCGCCGCCCGACUCGGCCCACACCAGCCCUCAGCUGAGCAUAACCUCUGCGUCGGGUAUUAUCUCACUUCUGGACGAAGACAGCGUUGAGCUGAAGGUCUUUGCGUUGAAGAAACUGAACCAAAUUGUGGACGAGUUUUGGCCCGAAGUGUCGGAAAUCAUAUCUAAGAUCGAAGUGCUCUACGAGAACGAGAACUUUGCCGAACGCCGAUUGGCGGCACUCGUGGCCUCCAAAGUGUACUAUCAUUUGGGAUCCUUUGACGACUCCCUGACGUACGCGUUGGGCGCCGGAGAGCUCUUCGACGUGACCACGAGCUCCGAAUACGUGGACACUAUUAUUGCCAAAUGUAUCGAUCAUUACACCAAACUCCGUGUCCUGCAGUUCACGGCCGACACCACCGGUCAGACGAGUGCUACGGAACCGCCGCCGACCAUCGAUUCCCGGUUGGAGGCGAUUGUCAACCGUAUGUUUCAGCGCUGUUUCAUUGAUAAUCACUACAAACAGGCGAUCGGUAUAGCGCUGGAGACGAGACGUAUGGACAUCUUUGAGCGCGCGAUCACCGAAUCCAACGAUCUGUCGGCCAUCUUGUCGUACGCCUUUAAGAUAACUAUGUCUUUGAUGGAAAACAGACACUUCCGUAACGAUGUGCUCAAGAUUUUGGUCAAACUGUACCGUAAUCUCGAUUUACCCGACUUUGUGUCGAUGACUCAGUGCCUCAUAUUCUUAGACGACGCCCAGUCUGUGGCCGAAGUGCUCGACCGACUGACCCGCACCUCAGAUGACAGCACUCUUAUGGCAUAUCAGAUCGCCUUUGAUUUGUAUGAGUCGGCGACACAACAGUUCCUGACCCGUGUCUUACAGUCGCUGCAGUCGUGCGCUCCCAUCCCAGCCCUCAUCUCGAAGAUCAAUAAAGUGGAGCCGAAACCCGAGGCCAGCGCUGAGAGCGCACAGCCGGAGGUCGAGAAGAUGGAAACGGAUGACCAGAGCAGCGGUUCGUCACCCAAACCAGACACACCUCCGGCCGAAGCGCCGAAAUCUGAAAUACCUGUUCCCAAAAUAGAUGACUUGACCGAAGACGAGAAACAACGACAGAAGCGUUUGGAGAAAUUGGCUGUCAUUUUGAGCGGAGAGACCACUAUUGAACUCGAGCUCCAAUUCCUGAUCCGUAACAAUCACUCCGACCUUUUGAUACUGAAGGGCACGAAAGACACGGUCAGGAACUCUGUCUGUCAUAACGCGACGGUCAUCGCCAACGGACUCAUGCACUGCGGAACAACUAGUGACCAGUUUUUGCGGGACAAUCUCGAUUGGUUGGCCCGAGCCGUCAAUUGGGCCAAAUUCUCGGCCACCGCUAGUCUCGGAGUGAUUCACAUUCGGCACGAGAAGGAAGCGCUUCAUCUCAUGUCAUCGUAUUUGCCGAGAGAUAACGGACCCGGAAGUGGUUAUACUGAAGGAGGCGGAUUGUAUGCAUUGGGUCUCAUCCAUGCAAACCACGGCACAGCUAUUAUUGACUAUUUGUUGAAUCAAGUGAAGGACGCCAGUAAUGAGGCGGUCAGACACGGCGGCUGUUUAGGUCUGGGUUUGGCUGCGAUGGGCACUAAUCGUACCGAUGUCUAUGAAAUCUUGAAAUCCAAUCUAUUCCAAGACGACGCCAUCACUGGUGAGGCCGCAGGCAUUGCCAUGGGUUUAGUGAUGUUGGGCUCGAAAUCAAGCGCCGCCAUCACUGAUAUGGUUUCGUACGCACAGGAGACCCAACACGAGAAGAUAUUGAGAGGUCUGGCCAUUGGAAUCGGACUCACAAUGUUUGGACGUCUCGAAGAGGCCGACACUUUGAUCGAGAGUUUAAUUAAAGAUAAGGACCCUCUGCUCCGUCGGUCGGGAAUGCAUACCAUAGCGAUGGCCUAUUGCGGGACCGGUAAUAACAAAGCCAUUCGUAAAUUACUUCACGUGGCCGUCAGUGAUGUCAACGAUGACGUGCGAAGGGCUGCCGUCGAAGCGAUUGGUUUUCUUCUGUUCCGAACCCCCGAUCAGUGUCCGAGUGUUGUAUCGCUUUUGUCCGAAAGCUAUAACCCGAAUGUGAGAUACGGCGCAGCCAUGGCUUUAGGCAUAUGCUGUGCCGGAACCGGCAAUAAGGAGGCGAUUGCACUGUUGGAGCCGAUGACCAACGAUCCGGUCAAUUAUGUGAGACAGGGAGCGCUCAUCGCUUCGGCACUGAUUCUCGUACAGCAAACUGAAGCCAAUUGUCCGAAAGUGAAAGACUUCCGACAACUUUACGUGAAAGUAAUCAGCGAUAAACACGACGACGUGAUGGCAAAGUUUGGCGCAAUUAUGGCGCAGGGAAUCAUCGACGCCGGCGGCCGUAACGUUACCGUCGGUCUCCAGACUCGCACCGGUCACACAAAUAUGCCGGCAGUGGUCGGAAUGCUUGUGUUCACCCAAUUCUGGUAUUGGUAUCCAUUGGCACACUUUAUAUCGCUUUCAUUCACACCAACCGCUGUUAUUGGUCUCAAUUCGGACCUCAAAAUGCCUAAAAUGACGAUCAAAUCCAAUGCCAAGCCUUCACUCUAUGGAUAUCCGGCGCCAAUCGAAGAGAAGAAAGAGAAGGAGAGGGAAAAGGUGUCGACUGCUGUCCUCUCAAUCACAGCCAAAGCCAAACGAAAAGAGGCCGAAAAGAAAGAGUCGACGAAAGAGGAGAAAAUGGACGUCGAUUUGACCGCCGAUAAGGAAAAGACAGACAAAACUGCGGACAAAACUAUAGAUAAAACUUCGGACAAAACUAUAGAUAAAACUGCGGAUAAAACUACAGAUAAAAGUACCGAAAAGUCUACUGAAAAGUCGACCGAAAAGGUCGAUACGAAAGACACUAAAACGACAACAAAAGAAGUGAAGGACGAGAAGGAAAAGACAGCGGCGGCCAAAGAGCCGGAGCCGGCCUUUGAAUUACUUGAGAAUCCGGCGCGAGUUGUGAGGAAACAGUUGAAAGUGAUUCAAUCGGCAGAUGGCUGUCGGUAUACACCGAUGAAAGACCUGUCGAUCGGCGGUAUUAUUGUGCUAAAGGACGGCAGUAGGAGUGAACCCGAAGUGUUGGUCGAGAACGUGGCCGCCGGCGGUCCCAAAGACGGCAGUAGGAGUGAACCCGAAGUGUUGGUCGAGAACGUGGCCGCCGGCGGUCCCAAAGUAGAGGACGAAGUGGAACCCGAACCGCCCGAACCUUUUGAAUACAUAGAAGACUAA